AUGUCUGUUGUCAAAUCAGAAUAUGACAUCUGUUAUAGAAUGCAGGAAGAACAAAGAGUGGAUGAUUCCAAUAGAACUUCGGGUUGUCUUGUUAGUUUUGAUAAAUCAUUAUGUUGGGUUGGAGCAGAGUUGGAGGAGAUUGCUCAACGUGUCUGUCCGUUCACCUACUGUUCGUCUGUCCCCAGUUGCGAUUUAGUUGCCCAACAGCAUAUGGUAACUCGAAGAUGUGCUAGUACCGGCGAAUGGGAAAACACCAACUAUAGUGAAUGCUUAACGGUUGUCAAAGAAUAUCAACAUUGUAUCCAAGGAUAUUGUCGAUUGUGUCCCGAUGCAUUGAGAGAUUUGGUUAUAACAGUGUCGUUAACGUUAUCUGUAUUAUCUGUGGUCGUCUUGGUAGCUGCAAUAGUUCUAUUUUCUAUUUUCAAAUCUCUACAGUGUCGGCGGCUCUCUAUUCAUAAAAAUUUGGCAUCAGCUUUUGUUUUUCGUUUCUCAGUGCUUGCGGCGUGGACAAUUGCUCAAACAACAAAUGCCUUUCAAGAUUGCACAAAAUUCCAUCCACAACCACUCUGGAACUUGGGCUGGAUAUGUAAAGGAAUUCUGUGGUGUGUUAUAUACUUCCAGGUGGCAUCUGUGAUGUGGAUGUUAAUUGAAGGAGCCUAUCUAUACAGCCGUUUUACAGUAUUUGCUAUGCGCCAUAAUGAAGCUCCUUGGUCAUUAUUUAUGCUUUGCGGAUGGGGUGUACCAUUUGUUAUUGUUAUGGCCUGGACAUUAGUUCACGAACAUAAGCAAGAGCCCAAUUCAUUUUGCUGGCUUCCAUACGCACAGGGAAAUCAUUUAUGGAUUUUAGCGGGAUCAAUAGGUCUUGCACUGAUUAUGAAUCUUAUUUUUCUGUUGGGGAUAGUGACAAUUCUAGUGAAGAAGUUGCGAGACGAGAGAACAGCUGAAUCCAAGAAGAUUUGGUGA